AUGUCUCCGUCUCCAUUCCAAUUCCAACCUCCAGAUCUCCUGCACCACCCCACGCUAUCAUGCACCCUUCGCGGGAAAAUCUCAGAAUCCACAUCCACCAUCCAAUUUCGCGGCCUCAAAUAUGCGAUCAUACCAAGCCGAUGGCAAGAUUCCAUCCCCAUAACUACGUUAACUCCCAACGAUAGCAGCGGGGCUGUAUACGAUGCAACUCACUUCGGACCCUCGUGCCCACAAAAACUGGGUGCCCAGGCCUGGGAUCUCACACUCGUCGGCCCUCACACGUUGAAGACGGAAGAAGGCCAGGGGGAGACGGAGAGAUUUGAUGAGUUUGAGUGUUUGCAUGCAAAUGUCACCGUACCACUCUGCGCUCUAUCCUCAAAUCUGAAUGGAAUUAAAGGAGGGGGACCAGAGCCAGGUUUGCCCGUCCUCAUCUGGGUCCAUGGCGGCGCUCUUUCCAUGGGUUCAAACUCCUGGCCACAAUACUCACUCUCCUCCCUUGUCUCCCAUGCCGCAGAAAUUGGAAAACCGAUCAUCGGUGUCGCACUCAACUACCGCGUAGGCAUAUUCGGGUUUCUGGCGAGUAGUGAGGUUGGGGCUGCGGGGAAUUAUGGGUAUAAGGAUUUAGUGAAUGGAUGCAGGUGGGUUAAAAGGUGUAUUAGGGGAUUUGGAGGCGAUCCGCGGAAUGUUACCGCGAUGGGGGAGAGUGCAGGUGCGAUUGCAUUGAGUACAUUGUUGUGGAGAGGGGGAAAUGCGGGAGAGGGGGAGGGGGAGAGGUUGUUUGAGAGGGUCGGGGUUAUGUCGGGGGAUGUGACGUUGAGGAAACCGAGGGGGAUGGGAUGGCAGAAUAGGAUGUAUGCUGAUCAGCUUAGGUAUCUUGGACUGGAUGGGAGGUUGGGGAAGGAGGAGAGAGUGAAGAGGUUGAGGGAAAUGCCGUGGGAGGAAAUGUGCGAGAAGUUGCCGCUUGCACAGCAUUUCUGUGGGUGUGUGGAUGGGGUGUGGUUGAAGGGGGGAGUGACGUUGGAUAUUUUGGCUGGAGGGAGAGAGGGCAUUCAUAAACCGAGGUGGUGUAGGGAGUUUGUAGUCGGAGAUACGGCGCAUGAUGGCACCGUCCUCAAAGCCCGCAUCCUCGACAACCCCAAAUCCCUCCCCACCCUCUACGCCCUCUGCAAACAACACCUCUCCCCUUCUGAAACGCACUCCCUACUAUCGGCCUACAACCUCCUCCCCACCUCUUCUCUCUCCUCUCAAAAGAGAGGUCUCCUUACCCUUUGCACAGAACUCCGUUUCUACCUCCCAUCUCUUUGCGUCCACACCGGCUGGAAAGCCUUUCCAUUCCCUUCACCCUCAUCCCCCAGUGUAGCCAAAUCCUACCGCUACCACUUCCACGCCACAAACCCCUUCCCAGGCCCAUUCCACGGCCUUAGCAGCCACGAACUCGACGUCGCAUUUCUUCUCCAAAACUACAACCUCCACCUCCCUGUGCUUAGCAAAAAGUCUGCGCAGAUGAUGGCCGAGUAUUUUAUUAGGAUUAUAAGGGGAGAGGGGUGGGGGAGUGAGGAUGUAGUCACGGUUUUUGGGGACCAGGACGUUGAGGUUUUGAGGGAGGGGGUUUAUGAUGAGAGGUUUAGGGAGGGCAGGGGGAAGGUGUUGAGGAAGAUUGGGGCGCAUAGGUUGUGGGUGCUUGUCGAGGCGUUGCAGGGGGUUAGGGCGGAUGAGGAGAGGGUAGAGGUGGGAGUAGGAGCGAAGUUAUAG